AGCACAUGCAGGUGCAAGGGCAGGCCCAGACGCUCACAUGAUGUCACCCGCAGAUUAACCAGGGGGAGCCUAUAGGCGGGGGACUGAUCAGUUUAUCUGCACAAACAUUUGCAUCAACGCCCCAGGGCUCAGUGUCUGCUGCCCCCUGGUGUGUGUGGAUGAGUUAUCAGCAGCUUUGCUGGCCGUUCCUAGUGGUUAAUGUCUGUUAUCCAGCCUUGAGGUCUGAGAUGGGAGUUCAGAGGGUGCUCCAGGUGGAUCUGAAAAUGGAAAGCUUUCCAGAGCCACUGGGCAGCCGCUGGAUGGCCUGGCAGGUGGAGUACCCAGCUAGUCGUGCCGCCACACAAGAGGCUGAAACGGAGAUCCCACUGGCGCAGGAAGACCUGGCGGGCAUCGUGCCUCUGGCCAUGGACUCUGAGAUUUUAAACACUGCUGUGCUAACUGGGAAGACUGUGGCUGUCCCAGUAAAGGUGGUGACCAUUGGAAUAGACGCCUCUGUCACUGAUGUCUCUGAAGCAGUCAAGUGUUGUUCUACAGACGAAGACGUGGUCAAGGUGUCAGACAGGUGUGACUACGUUUUCGUGAAUGGCAAAGAGAUGAAAGGCAAGGUGAAGAUGAUGGUGAACUUCACCUACGGAUACCUGAGCGCUCAGCUGGAGCUCAAUGUGUGGAUUCCUCGACUCCCCCUCCAGAUUGAGGUAUCAGACACGGAUCUGAGCCAGAUCAGGGGGUGGAGGGUACCCAUUAUGGCCACCAGUCAGAGGCCUACACGGGACAGCGAGGAUGAGGAUGAUGAAGACAGACGAGGACGAAGCUGCACUCUGCAGUACCAGCAUGCCAUGAUCAGAGUCCUGACCCAUUUUGUAGCUGAGUCAGCUGAUCCUCGAGGCCAGACAAACUUUAUGCUGGGCACUGAUUGGCAGGUGGACAUUACGGAGAUGGUUUGGGACUUUCUGAAGGUAGAGGACCCCCACAUUGCACGGCUACUGGACAGGAGGAUACUGGUGGGACUCGACAUGGGGGUGACCACUAUUCAGGUGUUGUCUCCUUUGUCAGACUCAAUCCUGGCAGAGAAGACUAUCACAGUGGUAGAUGACAAAGUGACCAUCACAGAGUUGGGGGUCCAGCUGGUGACCGGCCUCUCCAUGAGCCUGCAGCUCAGUCCAGGAAGCAACAGAGCCAUCCUGGCUACCACAACCACACAGGAGGUUCUGCAGAGUGCCAAACAGGAGGCCUUGAUCAGCGCCUGGCUACAAUUCAGCGACGGCUCUGUGGCUCCUCUAGACCUGUACAAUGCUGACUUUUUUGUCCUGACAGCCACCUCCCUAGAUGAGGAAGUAGUGACAGUGCGGCAGAACCCCUCUUGGAAAUGGCCUGUCAUUGUGACGGAGGCGGAGGGCCAAGGCCUGCUGGUCAGGGUGGAAAUGACUGUUUGCGAGGUCUGCCAGAAGUUCAAGCGCCGCAGUGUCCUGGCUGCGGGGAACUGUAACGUCAGGGUGAAGUUUGGUCAUACUGACAGCACAAGGGGAGGGAGCAGUGACUACAGCCCUGAUGGAGACGAGAUGGAGAACAGAGGCAGGCUCUCACCCUCCCAGGACAGGACCGGCCUUGACACCCACUAUUAUGGCAGCUCCAUCUCUGACAUGGAGGAUGGGGUGUUGAGGAGAGCCACCACUACUAGAAGCGCAAUAAUGCGCAGACCCAAUGGGGAUAAACUUUCAGAUGAUAGUAGCCAGAACAUGCCAAUUGACUUUGCUGACUUUCCUGCACAAGUGGACCUGCCCCGUGGUCGCAAUAUGGAAGAUGAUCUCAUUCAGACAGCUCGUGGGCUCACAGACCUGGAGAUCGGCAUGUACGCCCUGCUGGGGGUCUUCUGCCUUGCCAUCCUGGUCUUUCUCAUCAACUGCAUCUCCUAUACCCUGAAAUACCGCCACAAAGAACUCUCGAUUGAGGGCCAGGAGAACAUGAACCAUGCCCACGACUGGGUGUGGCUGGGGAACGAGGCAGAGCUGCUGGAGAGCCAAAUCAGCCUGUCACCCCAGCAGGAGGAACAGACCUCCAUGAUGGACUCGAGCAGCGGCCUAGAGGAAGGCAGCCACUUGCUGAACGGAGGCUCGGCCCAGAAAAACGUACAGGGCCAAGUGCACCGGGCUGCAGACACAGGUUGCAUACCCAAGGACAGCAAAGGAGACUCACCCACCACCAAGAGGAAGCGAGUCAAGUUCACCACGUUCACCACCAUCCCCUCAGACAAUAGCUACCCCACUGUUAACACACUGACUGGAAGCCACUGCCAGGACAUUAAGUGGGUGUGCCAAGACAUGGAGCUGGGAGACUCCAAGGAGUUGCGCAAUUACAUGGAAAGAUUAAAUGACAGUGCUUUAAAAGACGUGGCAUAAUGUACUUUGUGCACUUGUAACAAACUCACCCUUUUGCCUUUCAGACGAAAGUGGUUCUGAAUAGAAACCAGACCCCUAGUAGGUGAAGGAAGAGGGAAUUUACUUCAGAAUCAACCCAAACUGCCAAAGGGUCAUCACAUAUAAGAGGAUUGUUUUGAUUCCACAAGUGACUGAAUUACUAAUGAAAACUUUGUAGACGAAUGACGACAUCAGGUGGUUCUUGUUUUCAUUUGUUUAACAGAUGAUUACCUUUUUAUCAUCAUUUUAUUACUACAGGGUUUAGAUAGAAUAAAGUAAGGACUGAUCUGCAGAAGCUAUGACCUGUGAUACUGAGACGACAUGUAGAUUUUAAAACGAACUGUAACAUGACUAGAUAGAUGUUUCGAAUGUGUGUGCACAUUAAAUGGUUUUGGAAGUUUUGUAACAUUUUGGAUAUUCAUUUCCUACGCCAAAAUCUUAUUCUAUGGAAGAGUUCUGGAAAGGCCAAAGCAACCGAAGAGAAAUUUCUGCAUGUUGUUGGGGAAAAAAAGGCACAACUUUCCAGCUCAUUCUCAUCCUUGUUAACAUGGCAGAAGACCUGUUAUGUAUAUACCGAACUGUCUCCAAAGCAUUGUAUUGUUGCUCUGUAUAUUGUAUUUUCAUAACAUUUAAGAAAUACACGACAAUGUCAAGAGCG